AUGCGCGGCCAUGACCAGUGUUCCCAGAGCGAAGACGCCGAUAGAUUGAUUCCACCAAAAGGACGGAGGAGAAGACCUCCGCUUUCCUGUGUUGAAUGUCGGCGGCGGAAGCUCAAAUGUAACCGCGUACAUCCCUGCAGCAACUGCGUUCACCUAAAAAAAGGAGAGCAGUGUUUUUUCACCGGACCCCAACCCCCUAAAGCAUCGUCAGAAUCAAUCAAUCACAAGCCUGCCCCAGCUCUGCGACAGAGACACCCUACAGCGCCCGAAGAUACUGGCAGUGAACCUUAUCAUAUGUUCGUGCUUGAUGCAAAAACGGGUCCCAGGUAUAGCUCUUUUCAGAAGGAAGGCGGCGAGUGUGUUUAUCCCCGGUUUGAUGCUGGGAUUGCACGAGAGGACGCCCUUCAAACGCCAAAGUCUCUUGGAAGUGAUAAUAUGCCCGGAAUACAAGUCUCCGCCCAACACGACUGUAUAGACGACCGAGUGCGCAACUUACCGGAUUGUGCUUUUCGAGGAAUCAAUGGCCGAACCAGAUACUUUGGCCGCAGCAACCACAGUAUUACACUUUCAUAUUUUCAAGGUAUUUCCUCAUUCGUCGGACGAGCGCACCUGCGUGUAAAAGAAGCGGAUCUCCGCGAAUUCAAGCUCCAUGAACUGAUACCACAGCGAUGCGUGGCCGAUCAGUUGGUCCAGUUAUACCUUAACACUUUUGAACCGACGUGGCGGACCCUUUGCAUUCCCACUUUCUUGGAGAAUUACCACGAAUUCUGGAAAGAUCCGAAGGCGACUCACAUGGACAAGGAAUUUAUCGCCCAGCUCCUAGGUGUGAUGGCCGCUGGAAUCAGCUUCUAUGGCUCGUCUCUGGAUCGUUGUGAGAGGGAGGAUGUCGAGAAGAAGGCUACAAGAUGGAUAACAGAGGCUCAGGCAUAUAUCGCCUGCAACUUAGCGAGCCCUGACCUUGAUCUCCGAAGGAUACAAACCCAAUGUAUCUUGUUGAUCGCUCGUCUGAGCAUCGCAGGCGAUGAUGACGAGUCUCAAGAAUGGAUAGCAUCGGGGCUUUUGGUUCGGUCAGCAAUGUCGAUAGGUCUGCAUCGAGACCCAUCAAGGUUCCGUAAAGAAAGCCAGAGAUCUUUGCAGCCAGAGUUACGCCGCAGAUUGUGGUUCACGAUCGUGGAACUCGACCUCAUGAUAUCCAUUCAUCGAGGAUUCUGUCCCUCAUUGGAUCUCAGCGAAUGCGAUUGCGAGCCCCCGUCGGCGGUAUUCAACGACUCGGAAAGGACUGCAGACCUGAGAAAGGGCUCGGGCUCUCUUCGCGGUAUUAUAUUACCUCCUCCACUGUAUCAGACGCUGCUCAAUCGGUCAUUGCAGCUUCGAGUGGCGAUCACGAAAAAGGUCAAUACUUUGAAAUUUGAUCUCGCAUAUGAUGACGUUCUACGCUUGAGUGAAGAAAUGCUACAUUCAAUGCAGGUUUCAUCGUCUAUAUUUGAAAAUUACUUGUCGAGCAAUGAUACUUCUGCUUCUGAUUCCGCUCAAGUCGCUCAGCACCGAUUCGCUCAAUCUCUUCAUCUGUUCAUUAUGCGCAAAUUCCUGCUAUCACUACAUCGGCCAUUCUCGUCAAGCGCCAAUCAGCUCCCGAAAUACUCAUACUCAAGAAAGAUUGCGCUAGAGCAGUCCCUUGAUGUACUGUCGCAAAGAGGGCGUUCGGCCACAAACGAGUUUGUCUACCCCCAAAUCACACAGUUGGCGAACAGCAUGUUCCAAAAAGAAGUUUAUCAUUCGGUGGUCACUGUUUGCGUGGAAAUAUCUCUACAAGCAAGAGAAAAGACCGCAGCGGCUUCUCUGGGUGGGAACAGCCCAGGAUUCCUCAGCAGCAUGAUCCAGUCGCAGCAAAAGGUCAUGCUUCAAGCAGUCGAACACACAUUACAUGAUUUUGGGCAGCAGCUUGGAGCAGGAGGAAAAGGCUGCAAGUUUUAUUUCUGUAUCGCUCUUAUUCUGGGUUUUGUCAAAGCUCAACUGGACGGCAAGGAUCCUCUUCCAGUGGUUGAAGCAACUUCUAGGUACACAAGCCAAAUCUGUCAGGCUGUGAUCCAAGGCCAGAGCUACUCGGAUGUAAUGGGCUUAUAUAACCACAUGCAACCGAAUCCUGAGAAAGGUGGUAUCCUGGAGACGCACAAAGACGUUCCAGAUGAAAUCGGGGAUGAGCUCUACAUGGCGGCGCAGCAGAGGCAGGAGAAUGAAAGGCGCAAAGGUGGUGACAUUCUUAGGGAUGGAUCGCCGUACCCACCCAUCAACAUCAAUGUUCACCCGUCGCAUCCCACUGAAUCGGUUACUAGCUCGGGUGAUGCCACGGGGCUGAGAGCUGUGGAUCCAUUGAAGAUUCCCGGGUUCACAGACGUAGCUGUCAAAGAAUACAGUGAGUGGCUGGCAUCGGAUGUGACCGAUAAUACCCCCAAAGCUGGAUUUCGACAAGCGUGUCAGGUAACGCUGUCAGAUGGCUUUGAACUUGAACACACAAGGAUCAAAACCCAGAAUUCUUCGUCGGCAGAGGGAUCAGACCCGGAAUUGCCCGAAGUUUUGUGGAACUGGGUUGCAAACGUGAAGAAAGAGAUGACUGUUAUUGAAAUAGUAUAG